AUGGAUCACCUGCCGGCGCCAACUGAUUGGCAGCACCCCGCUGUACCUUUUUACGCCCAACGACGCAUUUACAAGCCUGAAGACUUCUUUGCCAUACCAAAGAGUGCAGGCUACCAUAGCCUGGAGGACCUCAUUUACCGUGGUCUAGACACCAAAAAGCAUACCGCCAGAAGCCAAGUGAAUCAGUUCAUCCAAUCAUGGCUGUUCUUUGCUCUAUUAGCACGAGUCUUGGGUACACCUAUUCAUUUCAAGAGUUUGGUGAUUGAAGGGCCGAACCCACGGUUGACCACCAAAGGUCUAGCUGGCCUUGUGUCUGAAUGGGCCGAACGCUGGAAGCAAACUGCGAACAAAACCGAUGCAGAGUCGGUCUCUGCACUGAAAAAUGACUAUGUUCAAGCCUCGAUGGCGCUCGAAUUUGCUCGGCGCUUUUGUUGGAAACACAUCGCGAACAGGCCUUUUGAGGAUGACGAUUACAACGCGAACACGGGACCGUGGCGGGGGAAUUUUGACCGCAAACAUGGGAACGGCAAUCUCCACGGUAUGUUCGACAAGGCAGUAACUCUGUCGAUUGCAAGCGUUGGUGAGAUCCUCCAAGAGGAACUAUGGGCAAGAUUGCCUCCCAGGCAGAAAGAUCGCGUCGAGUUCUGGAAGCAGCCAGAGGACGAAGAGAGGAAUUGGGGAUACAGCCUCUGGUGUCGCGAGCAAAUGCAGAAGCAUGGAUGGUGCAAACCUGAGAUCCGUCGACUGGAAGGCAUCAUGUUCCACGUCAACAACAUCUACUAUGCUUGUUCCAUGGGCCAACGAGAAACGGAACACACUGUCCGCUGUUGCACGGACUGGGUAUGCAAUGUCGAUAGUGCAAAAACUCUGCCUCUCCAAGAGUUGCACUUUCACAAACAAGUUUACUGCGAAUCGCCGGCUCAGACAGUGGACGAGGGCGAGCUGGUUGCCAUCAUAGAAAACGGUCAUAUUCCGUUAGUGAGAUGGACGAACCACGGCAAGCUCGUUUGUAAAGGCUUUGAUUUGGACAUCGAAUCGCCACUUCAAUUUGGGGCCGUCUCCCACAGCUGGUCGGAGAACAUACUUAACUGCGGCGAAGACUCCGCCGGAAGAAACAACCGAUGUAUGAUUCAGUGUCAACUUGGACGUCUCCGAGAUACCUUCGCAAAUAUCCUCAGCUUAAAUCCGGGAGAUGGAGAGCCCUGGUUUUGGGUGGAUGUCCUGUGUCUGCCGCGUGAUUGGGAUAGAAAGGUCACCCUACUCAAUAAACUGAAUACUAUCUAUAGAAAAGCAACGGCAGUCUUAAUAUGGGACAGAAAUCUUCUGAAACGCGAUAAGCCAGCGAAAGAAGACUACAUCGAGAUGAACGUCCGGCUUGACACAGGACACUGGUCUCGCAGGCUCUGGACAGUGCCGGAGGCAGUUUUGGGCAAACAUUUGUAUGUCGCAUUCAAAAAGGGGUAUCUGGAGUUGGAUAAGGUGAAUUCUGCCAGCAAGGCAGCAAGGCUGGACGUUCGCCAUCCCCAUCACUUCGUGUGGAAGUCUGGUAGACCGCUCGAUCCAUCAAUCAGACAUAUUCGGUCCCAUAUACACGAGCGAGGGAAGGAGUUCCCUGUCCAGAGGGCGUGGCAAGCGCUGCAGUUCCGUGAAGCGACAGUGAAGGAAGACGAAACUAUUGUCCUCGCAAGCAUCUUGGGUCUUAACGUUUGCAGGUUCUUGAACAUCAAGACCCCAACCGAGGUCUACACCGGCACAGCAGCUCCGACUAUUGAGAGCGUAGCGUCCGCAAGAAUGAUUGAGUUCCUGAAAGCGGUCGAUGAGACACCUGGUCUCGGAAUUCCCUCCGGGUUGGUGUUUUUACCCCGGCCAAAGCUGGAGACUCAACAAUACGGAUGGGCUCCUAAAACUUGGAUGCAGAGGCAGCUCCAUACAUAUCCUCUUUUCCGACCAUUGAAGAAGACAGGGUAUAUGAUGCCUUACGGACUCCACGUUGAGUUCCCCGGACUUAUCCUCCACUGUCCCAACCCAGUCAUUAAGAAGAAGAUUUUUUGGAUACCAGUGAGCCAGACACUCCACAAAUGGUUCAAGGUAUGGAUCGACGAUGCGGGUUCGAAUGUGGAGGAGCUCAAGAAACGUCUGCAGCCUUCUGAUGAGCAUUGCAUCAUCCUCAACGCGGAAAAGACUAGAGAACGGUGGGAAGUUGGCCUCUUUGUCAAGAGGAAAGGCACCCUGGCCUGCGGUGACGUUUGGAGGGUUGAGACCAUCUGCAGGGUCUGGGUGCGUUUGGAGACUAAUAACGACGAGCUCAUGAGGCUCAGGACGGAGUUUCACGAGGACAUCAAGCAGAUGUAUUUUGGGGAGAGGGUGGACAGCCAGAGAUGGUGCGUCGAGGAGUUCAGUCCUGAUGCUACGAGUAGCGAACCUGAAUGCUAG